AUGCGCCACCGGCAGUCGGACCCGGAUACUCCAGGACCGGACUACGCCGUUCUCUCUAGCGCCGGACCGGAAACUGAUGCCUUGGCUCAUGCGUCGGCGCAGCACACGGCGCUGGUCUUCCGCAAGUUGUCAGCCAUGGAUUACAGCGGCUAUUCUGGCGAUGCCACUCGCGAUUCUCCGGAUCAAGAUCAUGGUCACGCCAACGGAUCGUUCGACGCAGCUUUCAACAAACAAGUUCAUGACAAGGACAGCUGGGAACCCUAUGAGUUUUCUUGCCCGUUUCGAUCAGUCCAUGCGAGCCGAGGCUCAAUGCUUCCCGGCCGAGUCGAUGAGACGCAUCAUCGAUCUGCCCCACAAUCUAAGAAUCUUACCCCAAGCCACGGUAACUGGGAUGCCGCAUCGGGCGUCUCUUUGCUCCCACUUCAGCAUUGCUUCAUGCAGUGGGAUACUGUGAACAUGGCGUCGAAAAGGGACUUUCGUUUGGUGAUGACUGAUGAAGAAACUAUCGGAUUCCGACGAGGCCCCGUCGCCAUCGAGCCUGAGUCCCCGUUCCCCGCAUCAAGCAGCUUCUCUCAACUCCCCAUUCCCGUACUACGCCACUCGCGCCCGGGUUGA